AUGCGUGAUUGUUGCGAUGAUGGGCGCGGCAGCAGCCGUACUUCAAACAAUUACGACCCUGAGACGAAAAUUCAUCAUCGUUCGCUGCGGCGCGUGCAAGAAGCAAAGAAGAAAGCGAGGCCGGAGCUAAAGAACUAUGGUUGGGAGACAUUGGGUUAUGCUUCCAAUUACUCGCUUCCGCCACUUCAUGAUAAUAUUAUUCGGCUCGAUGGUCAACAACUCAGCGUCGAGGAGUUCCGAGAGAAGUACGAACGGCCUGGGAUACCGGUGCUUUUGUCAGGAUUGACUGAAGGUUGGCUGGCUAAUGAGAAAUGGACCACCGAGCGCCUCCUUAAACGUUUCCGUAAUCAAAAAUUUAAAUGCGGCGAAGACGACGAUGGGUAUUCGGUGAAGCUCAAAAUGAAGUACUACUACGACUAUCUUCGCUGCAACAAAGAUGAUAGCCCGUUAUAUAUUUUUGACAGCUCUUUUGGGGAGCGGAACAAAACGAAGAAGCUGCUCGAUGAUUAUCAGAUCCCGAAAUUCUGGGAGGAUGAUCUCUUUCGUUACGCUGAAAUGAAGAAGCGGCCACCACAUAGAUGGUUCGUGAUGGGACCUCCUCGCUCCGGCACAGCCAUUCACAUAGACCCAUUGGGGACCAGCGCCUGGAAUUCACUUAUCCAAGGACAUAAACGAUGGGUUCUCAUUCCACCUGACGCGCCAAAAUACCUGGUCAAACCUUACAAGGGCGAAAGUGGUAAGCAUCCGGACGAAGCUGUGACCUGGUUCAGGACGGUGUACGAGAGGGUUCGUUCGAGCUCGUGGCCGAAAGAGUAUCCCUAUAUCGAAUGUCGCCAAAACCCGGGUGAGACGAUGUUUGUUCCGGCCGGCUGGUGGCAUGUCGUCAUUAACGAGGAUAUGACGAUCGCGAUUACGCAAAACCUGUGCUCGACCGCGAACUUACAUAUCGUAUGGCCAAAAACUGUUCGCGGGAGGCCCAAAUUCAGCAAGCACUGGUUUCUGAGACUAAAAAAGGAACGGCCCGAGCUGAUCCCGAUAAUGGAAGCCGCCGAAUCAACCCCUCGUGACGACAACUCAUCUUCGGACAGUUCCUCUUCCUCUUCGUCGAGCGACGAUUCCAGCGACGACUCUGGCACCGAGGAGUGUCCUUCGGAUUCAAGGAAGAGACGCCACAGUCAGAAUACCGGCGACAACGCGGCUUGCCCGAGCAAAAUUGGCCGAAGCCCUAAUCGUUCCAAA